UCACUUCCUUGCAGACCGCAGUUCAGCCGCCUCCAUAUCGCUGCACCGCCUGCACGCCUCACGCCUCACACCUCACGCCUGCACCAUUGCUACAUAAACAGAGUAUUUACUACAGUCUACAGGACUAGUGCGUCAAUUAAACAUCCACGACCUCCCUUCUGAAAUCCGAAUCAUCAGCCGCAGCCAUUAACAGCGGUGGGUGAAUGCUUUCAACCUCAUCAUCAAUAGCAUUAGCCAUUCCUAGAGAUUUCAGUGCCAAAUGCGCCGCCUUCUGCCCUCAUAGGCUCAUACCAUCAUCGCUCCAAACUCGCUGCAUCACAUCAUAAUUCAAACUACAUAAUUCUCUGCUGGAUUGACUUCAAGAAGGGGGGAAAAGAAUAAGAACCCAUGAAAGGAGGAAGAAAGAAUUUGAAGAGGGCUGCGAAAGAAAAAACUGCAAUCCUUCAACAAGGCCUAAGCAUUAUGCAAGUAGUUGACCUCCGUGGCUCCAAUCUAAUCGAGGUAAUGGAUGCAAAUGGUGAAAAGUCAUUAGCAAUUUUCCCAGCUAAGUUUCAAAAGAGCAUGUGGAUUAAAAGAGGGAACUUUGUUGUAGUCGAUGAGAGUGGGAGAGAGGAGGCUAUGGAGUCAGGUAGAAAAGUGGGUUGCAUUGUUACACAAGUGCUCUUCUAUGAUCAAGUUCGUGAGUAUCAAAAGUCUCCAGAAUGGCCUGAAAUCUUCAAAUCUGCAGCAGUAGAAACUUCAAGCGAAAAUUUUGUGACGCACACUUGUCAGGCACAAGAUAUUGAAAACUUGAGCGAUGAUGACGGACUUCCUCCAUUAGAAGCCAAUACCAACAGACUAAAGCCUUUCCAAUCAGAAUCAGAGACAGAAUCGGAUUCCGAGGUUGAUUCCUGAUUUGCAAUUCCAAUCUAGGGACUAGCACCCGCAGGCUCAGGUCACCCCCCACCCCCAACAAAAUUUUCACUUCGGAUCUGGGGAACAAUAUAAUUCAUUGCAUGAACAAAGAUUUUUUCGAAUGCCGUUUGUUGUUUGUAAAUGUUACUAUUGAAGCUGGUGGAAAUUAGAAUGGUAAACUUGCUCAUAGGGAGAGUGCCUAAACCUCGACAUUUUCGUUAUUGGAUUAAUUCAAUCUAGAAUCGAGAAUGUCUUCUUUCUCAGUUUUGACAA